GGCAGAGACGGUAUACACUAAUCGAAUUAGGUGCUGAACAGACUGAAGCCCACAAACAGACAGACUCUACAUUUGGCGAAAUCUUGUUCGGCUACGGCCCACAUGCAGCAGAGUAAUGUCUAAUGGAAAAGUGUCAGGCUAGGAGUAGUACUGGUGGGCCGGUGGCCACUUUAAUAAUAGAAAAAGAGCCAUUCCUCACGUCAAUGUGAAGUUCUCUCAUGGACUUAGGCAAACAAGGGCCAAAAUCUUGGUAGAUUUAGAGAGGGAGAUCAGUACGGUGGUAGCCAUUAAUGGAGGUAAGUGGAAGGGAUAGGAGGGAGGGGAUGAAGGCAGUGCUGUACAUGUUGCAGGAAUGAACAUCCUCUACAAGCUUUCCGCAGAUGGAGGUCGAAUGAGCCUCCGCGUCCUCGUCGCUUUCCGGUACAUGUUGGGAGCUGCCUUCCUCUGCCCUCUUGCCUUCUUCUUGGAGAGGGCAUCGCUCAACCAAAAUCUCUACAUCGCCGCUUUGAAAAUGACUUCAGCGACAUUGGCCGUUGCAAUGACCAACCUCCUCCCUGCCUUCACAUUCAUUUUGGCUGUUAUGUUCCGAUUAGAGAGGCUCGAGAUUAGGUCUUCAAGAAGCCAGGCUAAGGUAUUGGGGACAGCAGUAGGCGUGUGUGGAGCCAUGCUACUGACCUUCUAUCAUGGUGCAAAGCUCCAGCUUUGGUCAUUCCACACCCACCUACCGCACCAUCACCCCAACAAACAUCAGUCCGGCAACCAAGUGCUGGGCUCAAUGCUGGCCAUGGCAAACACAGUGAGCUAUGCUACAUGGCUUAUAAUGCAGGGCAUUCUGUUAUCAGGCUUGGUUGUGGCUCUCAUUUCAUGGGCUAUUCCGAUGAGAGGACCACUGUUUGUCUCAGCUUUCAGCCCCUUGUCCCUUGUCAUUGUUGCCUUUUUUGGGUCCAUAUUUCUUGAUGAGGCUCUUCAUCUAGGAAGUGUGGUUGGUGCUGGAUUGAUCAUCUUGGGACUGUACACUGUGCUGUGGGGCAAAGGGAAAGAGGUGAAGGAACUUGUCCAGCUUCAGGCACACAGAUCUGCUGGAGAAGCAACUAAACUGGAUUCAGAUGGGUUGCACUUGAACUCGGCUGGUGCAACCAUUGGUGCAGAUCAAGUGCCAGAGCACAGCAUAAAAGAAGAUCAGAUAGACUGUCCAGUUGUAGCUAAUUGAGUCAGGAGCAUGCAGCUCUCACAGCCAGUUUUUCCAUGCACUUAAGAAGUGUCCAGCAUUAAGCACUAGCAUGUAAGGAAAGUGAUGCUAAACAAGGAUUAUAAACGAGCCAAUAUCUUGUUUGCAAUCACAUGUAUGCACACAGAGAAAUCUAGUCUGUUCAUGAUCAAGGACGUCAC